AAGAGAGCGCGGAGGGAAGAAAUGUCUCACUGACUGUCGUCUGGACGACCAGCGGCGAAGAGAAGAGAGCAGUGAGAGACGGGAGUGCAAAACAAAAGAAAAACAGAUGAUUUUUAUUGGUUGAAUUUUAAUGUGCGCUUAUGACAAUAAGCGUCACCUUUUAGGAACAGCAGGAGGGGAUGAUACUGCAAGGCACACGUUGCAAGUAGACCCCAGAAGGCCUGAGUGGACCCCCACCUGAGACCCUCCUCUCACCAGCCUCAGACGGCAAGGAUGGACGUGGAGGAUGAGCCGUUGUUGUUCCACACAUGCUCGGAAGGGAGUGACGAAGAGCAGGAAGAGGAAGUGGAGGUGGCAGGGGUUAAAGGAUUUAGGCACGGAGUGGUGUGCGGGCCAUGGAGGGUUGUGGCCUGGGUCUACACACGGCCCUGGGCCAGCUGGGUGGUCCUAGGGGGCUUUUUCCUCCUGCCUUGCGCCUUGUUUGCCUUUAUGCUCCUCUACUGCCCACCUCUGGACAUCGACCUCUCCUACAGUGCCUUCGAGGUUCACAGUCACUUCUCCGCCGAGCGUUUUGAUGCCCUCGCCAUAGCGGUGAAGACCCACCUCGGCUCCUGGGACAGAUGGAGAAGAGACUCUGAUAGUGGCGAGGCCCUGCGGGAACUACUGAUGGAGAAGCUGGUCGCCAACAAGACACGCAACAACGCCUCCAGGACAGCGCCAGGCUUGAACUCAACAUCCAGAGGAGAUCAAGGGUCAUCCUUCCGGAGACGUCGCUUGGCUCCAGACUACUACCUCCAGAGUCAGGCCCUGUGGAGGAUCGAGCUGGUCUUUGUCGCUCAAGGAGACGGCGACCGCAACAUCUUUACCCCCGAGCGCCUGCGCACUAUCCACGACGUGGAGCUUCUCCUCAUGAAGCACCCGCACUUCCAUCAGUUCUGCUGGAAGCCCAUGGAGGUGCUGAGGGACCUCCCUCUAGGGCCGUCAUACUGCUCCCCGCCCAGCUCGCUCCUGUCGUACCUCUACCCCAGCGAGCGAGGAGGGAAGAUCUACUAUGACGGCAUGGGUCCAGAUCUGGCUGACAUACAAGGUUCGUUGAGUCUGGCCAUCACCCACCCUCAGUUCUACUGGUACGUGGAUGAGAGCCUCUCCCCCGAGCAGCUCUCCUCCUCCCUCCUGCGAAGCGAAAUCCAUUUUGGCGCCCCUCUCCCGUCCUACUUCUCCGUGCAGGACCGAGCCGACGAGCAGAGAAGCCACUUCAAGAACUUUGUGGUUCAGUAUGCAGAAAUCCUGGCCAAGCAGUCCACCAGCCAGGUGAAGGUUCUCUACGGGGGAACGGAGCUGUUUGACCAUGAAGUGAGACACACCUUCAGGAAUGACAUGAUGCUGGCAGUCAUCAGCGGAAUCUGCAUUACGUUGCUGGUCUACGUCCUGACCUCCUUCUCUGCAUUUCUGACAUUCUUCGGGCUGGCCAGCAUUGGGCUGAGUUGCCUGAUGGCUCUUUUCUUGUACCACGUCGUGUUCGGCGUGAGGUACCUCGGCAUUCUCAACGGAGUGGCGGCCUUCGUCAUUAUCGGAAUCGGGGUGGAUGAUGUGUUUGUGUUCAUCAGCACCUUCAGACAGGCGACCCAUCUUCGUCAACCGCAGCAGCGUAUGGUCUACACCGUCAAGACAGCCGGCCGAGCCACUUUCCUCACCUCCUUCACCACGGCGGCCGCCUACGCUGCCAACGCCUUCUCCAAGAUCCCAGCUGUGCACGAUUUCGGCCUAUUCAUGGCCCUCAUUGUCAGCUGCUGCUGGGUUUGGGUUUGCGUGCUGAUGCCGGCCGCCUUGUGUAUCUGGACGCGGCGUGUGGAGCCUCAUGAACCCGCUGGGUUUCACUGCUGCAAGUCGUUUCGGGGCCUAUCAUCAAGCCACGGCCCUCUGUCGGAUGAGGAUGACGACGUGGCCCUGCUUUCAGUGGAGAUGGAGCAAGACCCCCUCGAGGCGGACGGGGACGCGGGCAUUCUGUCCCUGUCAUUUGAGACACCGUUGAACCCUGCGGGGGACCAGCACCAAGGCGUGGUCAGCGCAAAGCUUCAGUGGGCCCUCAAGCAUUUAGUGGUCCAACCAGCUGUGGACAGGAGGAAAACUAUUCUAGGUGUCUUCCUCGUGGUUUUGCUCGCAUCUGCCGGUUGUUGCUGUCUGCUGAGGCCAGCCUCCCACGCCCCCUUACUGUUCCGCCAGGACACAAACCUCCAGACUCUUCUGGCUCUCAGGAGCAACCUCAGCGGUCAAGGGAUCUCCUGCCCCAUGUGCUCAGGUGUGUUCAUGGAGAAGCCGCACUCUUUGUACAGUCACAGCCCCUCAUUGACAUUCCGGAUGUCUACACAUCAGCAAACCCGCAGCACAGCAGCAACUUCUGCUGCACCUCUAAACACAGCAGCACAAAACUCAAGCAUCAACCAAACGGGCUUUUUGCUCACAGUGUUUAUAUCAAAGUUGGUGCUUAGAAGCUCGACCAGCGUUUACCGCUUCUCCCUGAACGCCAGUACUCCUUCCCCGUGGACGCUGUGCAGCACUGAGCAUGAGCAAGUGUCCUCGUUUCAGGCCUUUAUUCAUCCGUGGCGCAACUACACGAGAAGAAUGACCGUGUGCGUUUCCCACGACUACUACCCGUACCCCAGCUGGAUGAUCACGUCUGGAUCGUGCGACCGUCGCCACAGCUGGUUGCCUGAGUUUUCCUUUUAUGUGGCGGCAUCAGCCCAACAGCGCAGCAGGAAGCUGCACUUUGCCCAGCACAAACUGAGGCCACAUCCCACUCGAGUGUGUGUGAGCCCGCCUGGCUGCGGCAUCAGCAGCAUGCCUGACGGACCCGCACGGGGAACCUUUUACACUCCUCUUCCCAGAGAUUCCACCCCUGAUGGCCCAAUGAAAGCGUCCACGAUGUUUGGCUUCAACCCGUGCGCGGGUGGCGCCUGCGGCCGGCCGGCCGUGCGCCCUCUGGUCGAUACGGGCGCAAUGGUCUUUGUCGUCUUUGGCAUCUUGGGAGUUAAUCGGACGGAGCGCAGAGACAAUCACGUUAUCGGAGACAUUGGUAGUGUCAUAUUGGAUCCAGACUUUGACAUUUUCAAGGAAAUGGGACAUCUUUGCAAGAUUUGCAAAGCUGUCAGUGCAAAUAAACAACUCGUGAAGCCCGGAGGAGCGCAGUGCCUGCCUUCAGGUAAUAAGCUGUCCUCCGUUCUGCCUCUGCUGCAUCCGGAAUGUCACGGUCUCCCGGAGCCCAACCUGCUCCCGGGCCAGCUCUCCCACGGAGCGGCGGGAACGCGUGCGGGGAAGGUCCGAUGGCUCUCUAUGGCCUUUGAGUCUACCACGUACAAGGGAAAAUCCUCCUUCCGGACGUACUCCGACUUCCUCCGGUGGGAGACGUUCAUCCAGGAGCAACUCUCCGCUCUCCCGCGCUCGUCGGCCUUAAGACGAGGCUUCCAGACCUGCGAGCACUGGAAGCAGAUCUUCAUGGAGAUCAUAGGAGUGGAGAGCGCCCUCUGGAGUCUGCUGCUGUCCCUGGCGAUCUGCGUGGCGGCCGUCUCUAUUUUUACCGCUCAUAUUUUUCUACUGCUUCCCGUGCUCAUCACCAUCCUCGGAGUGAUCUGUGCGGUGGGGGCGGUCAUGUACUGGUUGGGCUGGGAGCUCGGAGCGGUGGAGGCCAUUUCUCUGUCCAUCCUGGUGGGAUCUUCAGUGGAUUACUGUCUGCACCUGGUGGAAGGAUACGUGCUGGCCGGGGCCACGGCGCGCUCUACUGCACAACUCUGCUCCGAGGCUGCGGCUGCGAGGCAGACGCGCAGCGUGGCGGCGGUCGACCAUGUGGGCGUUGCCAUAGUGUCCAGCGCCGUUACCACGGUGAUCUCCACGGUCCCCCUUUUCUUCUGCGUCAUCGUGCCUUUCGCUAAGUUCGGCCAGAUCGUGGCCAUUAACACCACCGUCUCCAUUUUGUUCACCCUGACCGUGACCGUGGCCACGUUGGCCAGCGCGGCGCCCGCCGACUUCGAGCGGACCCCCGGCGGCGCGCUGAAGGCCGCCGCGGCCGCGCUUACACUGGCGGCUGCGGGGGGAGCCGUUUGGUGGGCGGGAGGCCGCGCGGGGUUGUCGGCGGCCGGGCUCUCCGUCGGCGCGUAGUCGGGAUGAUGAUGUAAGGCAAUUAUUCUCAAAGUGAGAAGAAUCGCUGCCUCAGUGCAGUUCAGUUAUUUUGAACUUUUUUGUACAAUAAAUUUCCAAUUUUUUUUUUUUUUUUUAAAAAAAGGUUUCAUUUACGUCCAGUUUUUAACUUAUGGGUAAUACAUUUUAAAUAAAUCAAUGAAACUGCUUUCUGUUCCAGUGGUUUACGAUAAUGUUAAAUAUACCUUUUAGGAAUAAAAACCUCUGCCUUGUUUUUUUGAUGACUACAUAGACCUAUUACACUACUAUAUUGUAUGAUGCUGGUAUUGGGAGGGCUAAAAUUUUUUGGGGUGUAAACUCUUCGAAAACAACUGUAGUUUGGUCUCACAGUGAGUGUUAAAGAUGUCAUUUUCAAGUACAGGUGCAAAAAAACUAAACAUGUUUUUUUUGGUGUUUUUUUUAUUAAAGCUGCUGAUAAAACAAACAAAAAAAAAUAUGUUCUAUUUUGGCUGUGUGAGUUGGGCACGAUUUAAGGUUGCAAUGGCAACAACAGAUUAUUUUGUCAUUAGCUGUUAUUUCAACAAAACAUUACUUAUUUGAAUUACUCGGUCUGCUUAAGAUUUUUUUAAAUUAUUUAUUUAUUUAUUUGAUUGGACCAGUACCAACACUGCAGGCCAUUGCAACAUACAUUAAAUGUAAUUUCAUUGAAAUUUGAAUUCAAAUUAAAACAUUACCACUGAAGCUCAUUGCACCAGACAUUUAAUCGAAUUUAAAUGCCUGCAUACCACUGCAAUUAAGUGCACGAUUAAUUUUAUCUGAUUUAAUUUAAAUGGGAGCACGCACCGCUGCAGCUUUUUGUACCAUUCAUUUAAUUUUUAACUUUAUUCUAGUUUGAACAGGUGCGACUACACCACUGCAGCUCAUUGCACCAUACAUUAAAUCAUAUUAAAUCUAUUUAAUUUAAUUUAAACGGGAGCACACCACAGCAAUUAAUUGCUCCAUUCAUUAAAUUAAAGGCAUUUAAUUUAAACUGGAGCAUACAAUUACAAUUACAAUUUAUUUAUAUAUAUAUAUAUCAUACAGUAAAAUACAUUGUUUGUACUUCAGCGUAUUGCACCAUACAUUAAGUUCAAUUUGAUUGAAUUUCAUUCAAUGUAAUUGAAAUAGUAGCAUAUCAGAGGAGCUCAUUGCAUCCAUAAAUGAUUAAAUUACCACCCAGAACAUUAGAUAACUUUGAAUUUUGUUUCAAAUGUUAGUCAAAAAAAAAACUGUAAACUCAUUGUUAGUUGGCCUCUGUGAGCUUUCUUGAGAUGUACAAGUCAUGAUUUGCUGUCAUCUUUCUAUAUUUCAUGUGACUUUUCUAGCUAUACAUGUGGUAAUGAUGUCC